AUGAGUGACGACGAGGACAAUUUCUUGAGCUCCAUUAACUAUCCACUUGUCGUGGAAUGCGAUAUGAACGAGGAGGAACGGGCCGAAGCAACGGAAACCAUUGUAACUGCCGUUGAGAAGUUCCCCAGUGACCCAGAGCAGGCCGCGCGGUUCAUAAAGGAGAGCCUCGACCGGAAGUUUGGCCAGUACUUUCAUGUAUGCGUCGGUAACUCCUUUGGAUACUCGAUAGACACUGUUGUUGGGCACAAGCUGGCUAUGGCCUAUGGAAUGACCGGGGUUGUUGUCUUUAAGGCGUCUUAG